GGUGUGUUUGCUUAUGUUCAAUACAAGAUGCUAAUAGGCUUACUGUACUGUGCAUCGAUCCGUACUGUAGCUACAAGUUUGAGGCUAAAAUAAUAGAGUCUACGUUAUCUACAACAAAUCAAGAGUGAAGACUCUAUUGGGAAGUCAAGAAUGAAUUGGGUUCUUAGACUUAGUUGGUCUACUCUACUUCUGGUGGUUUUCCCUACAUUUUCAUGCGGACAAGAGUCUAACAUUCUGCCAUUCUUUUCCUUGUCUACUACUGGAGUGAGAGUAGAACAAGUUGGUCAUUUCGAUGAUGGUGUAUCACAAGCAAUUCACAUUACUGAAGGGUUCCCUUUUGGAAACAUAAAUCACAAUAUUCUUUAUAUUGGCACCAAUGGAUAUUUUGCUUUCAGUGAGCCAUUCUAUGGGAACACGCCAGAAACUUUCCCUGGUGUUACAACUGAUGUUGCAUCCGCAUAUCUGGUUGCUCCAUUCUGGGAUGAUGUUGAUAUUCGCCGUAGAGGAAACAUUUUAUACGAGGUCCAUUCAUUGACAAGUACUAAUGGCCCCAGUCUGCUUUUUGAAGUCAACAGAUUCAUUUCACCCGAUGGCUCAUUUUUUGGGACUUGGAUGGUGGUAGUUCAAUGGAAUAUGGUUCACUCAUGGCCUGAUGGAGAGAGUGAUGCCUUUCGUCAAUUUGCCCUUGAUUUUUAUGGAAUUGACACCUCCUUGGCUAACACAUUUCAAGGGAUCCUCAUCACAAAUGGGACUGCAUCAUACACGGUGUUCACCUACAGAUGUGAUAGUAUGCAAUGGUCUCUGAAUGGUGCUACUAUCGGCUACAAUGCAGCUGGUGACUAUUUUGAAAACCAUCCCAACACUGGAAGCUUUGUCUCUCAUGAAAUUGCUUGCCUCAACAGUCCCGGCUCAGAGUGGUUUAAUGUGGUCUACAACAUCAGCGUGGACACACCUGGAACACUAGCCCCUCCCCCUACUGUCGAACCAGCACAACUCAACUACUUGGAAUAUUUGGACUUUGGUUCUAAUUACCUUGAGAGAUGUAGGAAUUGCAGCUCUCCACCUAUACCACUAGGUGUCCCUGGACUACCAUUUGGAAGCUACUAUCAUGAGACUCUCUAUGUGGGGAACAAUGGGCUUUUUUCCUUUGGAAAGCCUCUCCUCGAGAACAGUCCAGCAGAAUUCCCAACACAGCAAGCCUCGACAUACUACGCUUACAUUGUUGCACCUUUCUGGUCUGACAUCGACACAAGACUCAAUGGAAGUGUUCGUUGGCAAGUUUAUUCUCCAGACGUAGAUGGCGAAGAUGUACUGAUCAGCAGAGUUGAAGAGUUCAUAAACAUUGAGCUUGGCCAGGACUCUAUCACCAAUGCCAACUGGAUGCUGGUAGCCACUUGGGUGGGUGUUCAUCCUUUCCCUCACAGCAAUUCUGUUGAGGAAGAUCGAUUGGACCCUUAUCUGCAAAGGGAAAACACUUUUCAAGGCAUUAUCAUCUCUAAUGGCACCAAAGUGUAUGCAGUAUUCACGUAUGUCUGUGAAGACAUGGAAUGGUCUGAUGCUGCUGUGAUUGGAUACAACGCUGGGGGUGAACCCUAUCAAAAUCAUCCACUGAGUAGUGGACCAGAGUCUAGAGUCAUCGGUUGUGUGCAUAGACCUAGUUCUGAUGUGAAUAAUGUUGUGAUGGAUUUAGCACCAGGGGUUGCUUCUGGGACUACUCCGGAGCCUUUCAGUACUGUUGGCACAUGUGCUGCUGCCGGAUACACGGAGUGCUGUGACUUCAAUGUGGAUAGCUGUGUUGGAUCUGUACCAGCCGACUGCUUUUGUGACGCUCUCUGCGUGAACUUUGGGGACUGCUGUCGUGACCAGCCAGACAUCUGUCAAACUGACAUAAUCUCUGCAGGAAAUAGCAGCUACUUACUGUACUCGGAUCAUUUUUAUAUUGGUCGGCUAAGUCUUGAUGGACAGUUAUUUGAAACACUACCUCUAAUUCUCCUUCGAGGGGCUUCUGUUUUGGACUUUGACUAUAUGAGAGGCUUCCUGUACUGGUACGACUACAUUGAAAGCGGCAUAUUCAGAUCAUCACUGAAUGGGUCCAAUCCGGUUCAGUUGGUCAACACAUCAGCUUUUGGUACAGUAGAGGACAUAGCUGUUGAUUGGGUGAGCAACAAACUCUACUGGACUGAGACUCUAUACAGAAGAAUAGAAGUGCUGGACCUGGAGACUUUGGUAGUUGCACCAGUCUUGGAUGCUGAUCCUCACUCUGGAAUAAGAGGCAUUGCUGUGGACCCAACCACAAGGUACAUGUACUGGACUGACUGGGGUGAGCCUGCUAAGAUAGAGAGGUCCUCCAUGGACGGUGCUGACAGGACAACUCUUCACAGCACGGGACUGGGUGAACCCAAUGGGAUAACCAUCGACUAUCAGACUCAGACCAUCUACUGGACAGACUCUGUCCUGGGAGUGAUUGACUACUCUAACACUGAUGGGACCAACAGACGUCGAUUGCAAUCAAACUUACCUUAUCCCUACGCCAUCACAAUAGAGGGGAGUCUGGUGUUCUUCACCGACUGGAUUGAUGUGGGCGUACAUGCUACACACAAACUGGACGGUGACAAUGUGACAAAAUUUGUAAAUGCUUUCACAAUAAGACCAGCUGGGAUUGAGGUUAUUGCGUCUAAUCGGCAAGCUGAAGCCACCAAUUUUUGUUUGAGCUCCACUUGCGAUCACCUGUGUACAUUGAGCAGCACUGAUUCAAGAGGGUUCUCUUGUGCUUGUAUGAUUGGUUACUCGUUGGACAGCAAUGGAAUCAGUUGUACAUAUACUGGGACUGAAGCACCUCCUACGCAAGGAACUUGUAAUGGAUCUGGUUACACAGAGUGCUGUUCCGGUGGUUUCUGUGCUGGAAGUCCCACAACUUGUUUCUGUGAUGCAGCCUGCCGCUCUCGUGAUGACUGCUGUGGUGAUAUUGAUACCACAUGUCCUGCCAGGCCCACUUCCUGCAGUGCUGCAGGACACGAUAUUUGCUGUACUGGUCUUCAGUGUGCUGGUGUCUCGGAUGGAGCAUCUUGCUACUGUGAUGAAGGAUGUAGAAUGUUUGGAGACUGUUGUGAUGACAUUGACACAACUUGUCCAUUACCAACAAUGGCUACAACUACGGAAGGUCCAACUUUGGCAACUACUAUGGCAAUGGUAGAAACAACCAUGCAUACUACUUCAAUGCCCCUGGCAGAAACAACUAUGGAUACUGCUUCAACGCCCCCGACAGAAACAACGGUAGAUAUUACUUCAACGCCCCCGACAGAAACAAUGGUGGAUACUACUUCAACGCCCCCAACGGAACUUUGCAAUUCCGAACUUCCCGAGCCAGUGAGGAGUAUUAACCUAACCCCGAUUGAUGCAAGCAGUCUCCGUGUCUCUUGGAUGCGCUCCCUCACCGAUGUACCCACCUGUGAUGAUGAUGCGUUUAUUGUGACUAUCACUGGGUACUCUGGUGGCUUUGAGCUAGUGAGAGUGUCAGAAGAGGCAUCUCUAUCAAUCACCAGUCAAUUUCUUGAGAAAUGGAUUGCGUACAAUGUUUCUGUGACUGCUCGCAAUGCUUUGGGAAUAAGUAAACCACUGAUGGAUACAGUAUUUACUGAAGAAGGAGUUCCACCAAUACCUCCCUUUCACUUUGAUGUGAAGAGGACAUCCCCCUCUGAGAUGACUGUUAGCUGGGACCCACUAACUAUUGUAGAGGCCAGAGGAUUUAUAACGUCAUACACAGUGUCCUAUGGUCCAAUUCCCUCCACUGAGAAUGCAACAAUACGUCAGACAGACAGUAGAAAUUUGGAAGUGCCCGAGGACAUGAGCAGUGUUUCCAUUGGCAACCUCAAGGCGGCUACAGCAUACUCAGUGAGUGUGAGAGGCAAUACCAGAGCUGGUGCUGGAGUGUCCAGUGAUGUUUUCAUCUUAGGUACUAGCACUGGCACUGGCACUGGAACCAGCGUAGGUGCUAUUGCUGGUGGAGUUGUCACAACAGUGCUAAUAAUAGUUCUCCUCUCUGUGUUUUUUAUCGGAGUCUUGAUUACCGUGUCAAGAAAAAGAAUUAAAAAUAGUGUUAGGGAGUACGUUCAAUUUUCAGGAGAUACAGAUGAUGUCAGCAUAAACAGCAACACCACUGCCAGUGUAUCUCUGUUCGUAAGCAACUCCACCAGAAACACUGAACCAGAAGAACCUGUACAGACAAUGAGCUACAAGCAACUCAACGAUGAACAAAAUGAUUCUCUCGCCGAGCCUCCCCGUUACCAUGACAUCAUUGAGAGUGCUCCUAAAUUUGAAACAGUACCUAUGACACUUGAGACUGUUCCUAUGCCUAACUCUGAUAAACUUUCAAAGUCGAACGAGCUUGAGAAAGUAGAUCUCGGAUCAUAAUUAAUUGUGAUGAUGUAUUAUAUAAAAAAAACCGCACUAUCUUAACGCCAUGCAUGCAACAUAUAAUUUAUGUUUUUAAGUAAUUGAAUGUAAAGUAUAAGACUAUAAUUAUACAGUCAUGCAUAUUGUAACUAAAAAACCUAAGUUAAACAAUUCUAUAAACCAUGGGGCUGUGCCAAAAUUAAUGAUAGAUCUAAAGAACUAGAUGUAUAUAAUUUUAAUGAGCUGCAAAUCAGAGCUAUAGAGUGUACGUAUCUAGCUAUUAUGUUUUAUUAUGUUUUAACUGCUACAACCGAUACAUAACAAAACUCUUCUGAAGAAGUAUGUAUUUCUAGCUGAGCAGCUUCAGAUUGUGACAGACCAGAGAUAGUGUCAGCGAUGGGAAUUCGAAC